CACACAUGAAGUUGGAGGCUGAAAUGGCGACACCGACACCUCAGCAUCAGGAUUUCGAAUCUCCUCCAUUAACACCGUCAGUAAUAUCACAGCCUACAAUUCAACAACCCGAAAUGGUCCAAGCAGACGUUGCUGGUCAUUCACAGCCGAAACAGCAGGAGGCUCAGAAACCUGAUCCUCUACCCGACUCACACCGUCUCAGGAUAGCGACAAGAGGUAAAAUAGCCGAUGGAUCCUGGGAUGAGGAUUCUGCCAUUUCUCAGACCUCCAGUACAUCUGGAUACAGGGAAUCUUAUCCAGUGAUGCAUCUGAAGGAAUCGCUUGAGGCAUCUCCCAAAGCGUUCCCUCCUCUAGCUUCGCCAGAUAUUCACAGUCUCCCGUCCACCAGCAGUGCUACCACCACCAACAACUUCUUGCUUAUGGAUAAUUCAUCCCCGGAUUGUUCACUGAAUGAAAAUGGCGAGAAAACUGCGCUAUUAGGAGCGAACGGGAAGUCUUCUUCUCAACAUUCGCUGCUGAUGGUAUUCGAACAGCAGGACGAAAAUACGCUCAUUUAAAAAUGAUGCGGUGUAAAUUAUCCUAACAAGUGGCUUGUUGUUUCCUGUUUAUUCAAAAUAAGAAAUAUACAGUAGGGGCAACGAAAUAUUACACAUGCAUCUUCAAUUUGUGCAUCCGAUAUACAAACAUUGUUUCAAAAUACUCAUCUAGUGAGUAAAUAAAAUUUGCCAAUAGGAAGUCACUGGAAGUUUAUUUGAAACAAGAUAAUAUAAUGCCUUUGUUGCUUUGACAUUUUCGGGAAAGUGAUUAUAUAUCCUUUACCCAACACAAUUAGGAGAAUUUGAUGUGAGACUCGCACAUGGAAAGUGAAGAUAUUUUUUUGCCUUAUAAUGGGUGAUUUUUUAAGAGGUAUAGGAUUUG